CGUUCCUCGCUAGCCGCCCGUGAUCUCGUCAUAUUGCCUGAAGACGCUCCAUCCCAUCCUCCCCAUCGCCAUGUCAUCAUCAAACGGGCAUUUCCUCCACCCCUCAUCUGCAGCAUCGACGGCCUCUCAAGAUCACCAUGACCACUACCAGCUACACAUGGAGGAGCUGGAUCACGACCACGACCACAUGGCCCACUCACCGGGAUGGAGUCGGGGAUCUGGCCUGGGUGGCGGUAUCGUGCGCAAGGUCUCGUCGGGGCUGGACCAAGUAUGUCAGUGAUGCGACAGAUGAGAGUGCUAGCUAUGAGCCUGAUGUACUGUUUUGUGUGACGCAUGCAUGCAUUCAGGCGUUUGAGUUCCGCGGCGCAUCUCCUGUGUGGUCGCCGCCUGUCAUGGCCCACCCAGAGGCAACCUUCUUCGCCUUCUCACCCAUACAGGUGAGUCGCAGCACUUUGUCCACGCCCACGAGACAGACAGACAGAUGCUUCUGUAUCGUCUCGUCUCUAUGUAUGUUGCAGACCGAGCGUCAGCGGCGCCAGGGCAUCGAUAGGAUCCGGUCGAUGGCUUCAGGUGACUUGGGAAUGGUGUCGACGCCUCUCACGACAGUGCUUGAGGGCGAGGAGGCAAAGCGGCAGGAGCUGGUAGGGCGGCAGACGGGCGUGGAAGCACCGGAAGGGCGACCCGUCACGGCUGUCGAAGCGGCCUUCUCGGUCGGUGGGAUGGGGCGAUGGGAAGGAAGAAGGCAUUUGAAUGUUGCUGGCUGGUUCAUGUGUUGCCUUAUGUGUGUGUGUGCAGAUCACCAACACGGUGAUAGGCGCAGGCAUCCUGUCGCUGCCUUACGCCUUUGCCGUGAGCGGUUUCAUAUCGGCCCCCAUUUGCCUGGUCCUGACGUUCGUCUACUUCUACACGGCCACGCUCAUCGGGAAGGCCAUGGAGCUGGCACAACCCAUCGCCAAACUCCACAAGAUACCCAAAAUGGCCCAGGACUGGUACUGCCAGCACAACGCACACAAGGCAUCCCAUCCAUCCAUCCAUACAUUGCGAUGGUGUCAUCCCUCCCGUUGUGUUGGUGUGCGUGAACGCACUCAGGCCGUUUCUGGGCAUGGCUGCGUUCGGUGACAUGGGCCAGCGACUCGUUUCCAUCUUCCUCAGUGGCGAGCUCUAUGCCAUCCUGGUGUCCUACCUGGUGGUGGUGGGCAGCAACCUGGUGGUGCUCUUCCCCUCCAUCAGCAAGAGCGAGGCCAUCAUCGGCGCCACCGCAUUGGUUUUUUUCCUGAUGCUCGUGCCCCACUGGCUCCUGGCCUACGUCUCGCUCAUCGCCAACCUGUCGACCAUCAUCUGUGUGCUGGCCUUCAUCUACACGGGACUCUAUCUGCCACACACAGCCCCAUCCAGCGACUGGGUCUUCGUCGCGCCUCUCGGCCUCCCUAUCAUGAUUGGCAUCGUCAACUUCUGCUUUGUGGCCCACAGUGUGUUCCCGACCAUCUACCAGAGCAUGGGCAAACCCUCGCAGUACAAGUGGUCGGCCUUGGCGUCCUUCAUCGUCGCCCUCGUCACGUAUGCCGGCACGGGUGCGUUCGGCUACCUGGUCUUCGGCGCUGCCUGCCAGGAGCAAUUCACCCAGGUGACAAUGGCACGCCAAAGACGAGCAGACAGACAGUGUCUGUUGUCACACGCGUGUGCGUGUGUGUGCGUUUUGUUGGUUGGUUGAUGUUGUUCUAUCUACCAGAAUCUUGGUGUUGACCUGGAAGGCCGCCCGAUCCCCGGCCUGGCUUACCUGCCGAUGAUAUCGACCCUCUGCAUGUGCAUCAAGCUGGAGGGCAGCUUCCCCAUGUUCGCCGCACCACUCAUCAUCGCACUCGAGAACGUAAUGGGACUCUCUCCUGACAUGCCCGCAUUCGACGCCUCGAGUCCCAAAUACAUCGCUUCCCCGACUCUGCUAUCGCCCUCGCCGCGCAUCGUGAGCCCCGCCCUGCGGCGAAUGGCGAGCAUGCAGCAGCGGGACGUCAAGGGGAGGGGGAUCUAUCGGUUCCUGCUGCGUGUGGGGUUUCUGGCGGUGACGGGCAUCGUGUCGCUGGUGUUCCAGUCGUCGGCUGCGGGCAUCCAGGGGCUGACGGGCUCGCUCUUCUCGCCCUGCACGUGCGUCAUCUUCCCGGCGCUGUUCUUCUGGCGGAUCGCGCACCAGCAGGGCGUCAAGCUGCCGUGGUGGCAGCAGGCAUUCCUGGCCCUGUUGCUGCUGUUUGGUUUUUCGUGCCAGAUCUUCGGCACCACUUUUUGUGUCUUGAGCAUGCUGGGGGUCGUCAAGGGCGCUGCAUUUUGAAGCGAUUGACCCGACAUGCAUACAUACAUACAUACAGACGUACGUACAUACGUACCGGCUGCUUGCUGUGAGUCUAUUUUUGUGCAAGAGCGACUGGGUGUUGAUGUGAGCAUUCGGAGUGAGAGAGUGUUGGCGUCUGUGUUCCCGGCCAUUGGCACGCACCACCUGCACUGCACUUUUUUCGCAGACUGCGGGGUGGGUGCUCAAUGAGUGAGACAACGAGUGUGACAAUGAGGCCUUGUGUGCGCUAGGAUCUGCCGGCAGCCAGGGCGGAUUGUAUGCAUUGUGUGUGUGUCUGUGCGUGUGAGCGAGUCUUCGUAUCGCUGCUUCGUGUUCUGUGUUUGAGCUAGCUAGGGGAGCCUUUUUGAUCACCCUAAGACAUUGAUUGGCAUAUGCUAUGCACGGGCCUUCGCCCUUUUAUCGACCACGUACGGCUGUGGGCGCACACCGUGCUGGAUUGCAUCGUUGUGCGGAUCUUUGUCUGCGGCUGCCUUUGCUAUCGGCGCAAUAUAUGUAUGUCGAUGCAAUGGCCCGUGUGGGUCAAGGCACCAUGGGGUAUUUGCCUCCGGACGCGUCAUCGGAUGUCAUCAGUGGGCUCUGCUGCCCUCACUGAUCUCAUUUGACGGCCGUCGUGGUGGCGAAACUCACGGCGAUUUGGCCAUCCCCUGGAAUUGCGUGAUCUACAGCUCCGUGUCCCGGUCAAACCCUCUCCCCCUGUGUGUGUGGUGGAUGGCGUCUCCCUUUGGCUGAAUGGCUUGUGAAAAGGAGUGCAAGAUCACAGACAUGGCAUGUAAAAAAAAUGGCCAUUGAACAAAGGGAAAGCUAUCAUGGUAGAGACGAUGCCUAGCCAUAGCACACAGGACUCAGUCUGCUUUUCUUUCACCCACCACAGAUACAAGACACACCGACAGGCAGAGACAUGAUGGAUGCCAUGGAUAAAGACACCAUAAACAGGAAGCCAUGGGAGCCACUGCUGAUUCAAGCAGAUCACAAUGCGUCAGGUACGUUAACGGCAAGCACCACUGUAAAAGCAAAACACAAGAGGCAGCGAUUUGCGCAGCCUGCCUGUCUGGCUGCCUGCCACUCAAAUCUGUCUAUGUGUGCAUCUCACGUCAUCCCCAGCCGUCUGAAUGUCUCCCUCCCGUCCCGCCCCCUCUCGAUCCACCCCACCGCCCCCCACUCGACGGCAGGCACAUCCUUGCUGAAGCCGUUGUCGAUG